CAUACUAAACAGCUGAGGCGAAUUGUUUUAUUUACCAAUUUCUAAUAUUUUUUGUAAUAAAGAUGUCACUCGUCGCUUAUGCUGCCAGUUCUGACGAAGACUCCGAGAACGAGGAGGAGGAAGAGAGCUCAAGGCUACAGGUGGAGGUGAUUAGGCCCCAGGACAAGCCCAGCACAGGACAAUCAGUCAAUGGUCACAUCAGCGACGAGGAUGACGAUUUUAUGCCCCAAGAAGUGUCCUUGCAGGAGUUGAAGCCCACCGGUAGACUUACUCUAGCCUUGCCCAAGCCUAAGGCAGCUGCAUUAUCUAAGGAGGAGACAAGAGGCGAAGAUGUGGAGGAGCUGAUGGCCCCCGCCUUUGCCAAACUACCAAUGCCACGCACAACAGCCGCCGCCGCCAAGGCAAUCAUAGAAGAAAAGGAUGAUGAGUUCCUACACAAAAAAGCGCUGCCUGUUCAAAUAGAGAAACCACCACCACCGCCGGUUAAGGGACGCGUCAAGAUCAGCAUACCAUCGCUGAGAGACUUUUCCGAUGUCGACCAGGAGAAAGCGGACAAGGCCAAGAACAAGGUGGACAAGCCCAUUGCGCCCAAGGGAUCCGGAUUGCUGAGUAUGCUCCCCCAAGCCAAGUCAGAGCGGAAUUUCGCCAAGACAUCCUCAUCGGAAGCAGCUGUUGGCAACCCAAGAAUAAGCACCACGCCUGCUCCAAAACCUGAAUCAAGUAAUCCAGCAAGAACCCAGCCCGCUUUUGUACCCGAUACAGUGAAGCAGCGGCGAGCAGCACACAACACUGAAGGAGUGGAUGGCCUUAAGGCUUCUGGCCACAAGAAGGUUACCGAAGGAAAGGAUAGCUCUAAGACCACCCAAUCCAAGCCUGCGGCCAAGCUAGUGGAAGCCAGCGACAGUGAGGAGGAUGAAGAUGAAGGCACUUCUGGUGACUUCUUCUCCCUCAACGCCGAACACAAGCUGCCAGAGGUAAGCAGCAAUGAGAUCAGCGCGUUGGUGGCCAAACGUGCAGCCAAAAUGGUGGAGGCCAGCAGCAAAUACCUCGAGGAAAUCGCAGAAAGGGAAGCGGCCGUAGCAGAGGCCGCUCGCCUCGAGGAGGAGCAAGUGCAGCAGGCACAAAAACGUUACCACGAGCAACAACUAAACGCCGAGGCCAUGGACGCACUGGUAGGCAAAAAUGCCAAACGGCGCCGAAAGGAGGCCAAGGAAAUGCAGGUGAUCGACAUCUCUGGAUCGCAGGUCCUGCCCGAUCGGGAAGAAUGGAUGCGAUCGGCUCUGGCUUCGUCCACGACCUUCCAGCCCACCGGAGUGUUGACGGACGAGGAGCCGGUAGCUGGCACGAGGCGCAAGCACCAGAUCACCUACCUGGCACACAAGGCCAAGGCCAACGAGGCUGAGCUGCAGGCCAUGUGGUCGGCCAACAGGCAGACACGACGAGCAACUCAGAGCAAAUAUGGCUUCUGAAUUUCCAUUUUCAUUUUAUUUACGCCUCUUAACCCUACAAUAUACACCUAAUCCUAA